ACCCAGGCCUCAUUAUUGAUACCUCCACCCCUGCGAUGGCCUCUCACAGGCGAAGCAGGUACGCAGUGAGGGCGUUUCAACUUGUCGGUUUCACAGUAGUACCGCAGGCCGCAUAGUCUUCGUCAAGGUGUGGUUCUCCCGGCUCCAACACAAGACAAGACAACACGGAAUUUUAUGGAUUUACGAUUGAGCUCUGCUGACAGUUGUUGGCAUAUGCUCGGUGGACGCUAAGUUCUUCGAUCCGCAAAAGACACGCAAAAAAUCCACUGAGACGAUCGUCAUCAUCUCGACAUGUUUCAACUCAGAUUGUCUGUGGUCUUGACCCUCACCCUCUCUUCAGUGAUCCUCGCCCUUCGAAAUGGUGCACCACCUGAUGCCUGUGGCCACCUGACUCCCCGUCAUCCUGAUACAACCGCGAAUCUACAUUAUCCACCGUAUCAGAUACUUCCUGCUGCUGGACAAGGCAGAAUUCGAGUGAUUCUCGGUAGCCCUCAGGGAUUGGCUUACCAGGGAUUCAUUAUCAAUGCUAGGAGUACUGAUACUGGAGAAUAUGUCGGCGAGUUCACUAAUCUUCCAGCCAACGUCAAAGCUAUCGAGUGUACGCCCGGACUCAAGAAUGGAGUUACUCACACUGAUACCAGUGAAAAACACAACAUUGAGUUCGAUUGGGAGGCCCCUGACGACUACGAAGGAAUGAUUAUAUUCAAUUCAACAUUCGCUCAAGAUUAUAGCACGUACUGGGUGGGGGUUGAAUCGCCCCGAAUAACUGUUGUGAGACGUAACAUAGUGGUGAUGACAACGCCAACACCGCCACCAACAGAGAGACCAACGACACCACCGUAUUACGAGGCACCUGUGGCACCCGAAAACAAUGAAGCCCUAGCUCGCAAGCGCGCCAUCUACACGGGUUGCGGCACGACGAAGUCGUGCUUUGGUGCUCCAAGCGACUGUGUCGACUCCCAAGAUUGCAAAGCCGUCGUCGCCGUUUCCGUCCAAGGCGAGCGUUACAUCUUCGAGCUCCAAGGCGAAGGCGGCAAGUACGUGGCCGUCGGCCUCUCCGAGGACGCCAAAAUGGGUGACGACAGUGUCGUCGAGUGUGUCGAGAAUUCCGGUAAAAUAUCCAUCCACCACUCAUGGAACACCGGCCGCAAGAAUGACCGCCUGCCACCGCAAUCCGGAAUGCUCAAUCUCGAGCACAGCAGCUUCGAGGACAACAGAAUCUACUGUAAAUUCACCCGUGAGCGAAGAACCGUCAUCAAGGGCCACGAAUUCGACAUCGAGAAUAAGCCUUAUCAUCUCCUCAUCGCUAUGGGUAAGGAUCUGAAGCCAAAUGGCGUUGGUUAUCAUAAUCUGCGAGAGGCAUCCGCGGCGCCGAGACGCCUGUCUGACGUUGCUAAGAUUGCAGCAGCUGACGACGUCCUUAUUCGCGUUCACGGAGCCCUCAUGAUCGCUUCUUGGAUCGGAACAGCUUCCGUGGGAAUUUUAAUGGCUAGGUACUACAAGCAGACCUGGCUGCGUUCGUCGCUAUGCGGUAAAGAUCAGUGGUUCGCAUGGCAUCGGUUCUUUAUGAUCCUGACUUGGGCCAUGACUAUCGCUGGAUUUGUCGUGAUUUUUGUGGAGAUCGGAACCUGGAGUUCCGCCACUAUUCACGCGUCCUUGGGUGUUGUCACAACAGCUCUUGCAUUCAUCCAGCCCUUCAUGGCGGCAUUAAGGCCCCAUCCUGGAACUCCUCGACGACCAUUGUUCAACUGGGCUCAUUGGUUCGUUGGAAAUGCUGCGCACAUCUGCGCCAUUGUCGCAAUGUUCUUCGCUGUGAGGUUAACUAAAGCCAAGAUUCCAGAGUGGGUGGACUACGUUCUCGCAGCGUACGUUGUCUUCCAUGUUGUGAUGCACAUCGUACUUUCGUUCGCUGGAUGUGCCUCGGAUAGACAGGACAGCCAGAGGAUCAACGCUUUUCCCAUGAAGGAUUUGCAGAGGGGAUCCAUGGGACAUCCUGAUGCCAGACGGGACGCUCCUUUGGCCGCCAUGAGGAAGCUCAUAUUCGCCAUUUAUUUUAUUGUUAUUACUGUGUUUGUCGCCGCGCUGGUAGUGAUUGUUGUUUUGGCGCCCAUCGAGGAUUCGUGGGUGAAAUUUACGAAUAAUUUUUAAAGAGGCUGGAUGAUGUUGGAGAAUCUUGAGACGAAAGGUUGUCGUUCUGGCCAAAUACGAGAGGAUUGAGUGAGUUUUUUGGAAUUGAGUCAUUCCUGAUUCGAAAGGGUUUAGAGAGAUAUAUUGUGAGAACUUGUUGUGAGAAUUUUAUGAACAAAUAACAUUCCGUCCACUCCAAAGACAAUUUCGAAAUUAUUUGAAUGGCAAUGGUUAACACAUUGAUCAGGAUUGAUAGAUGAUCGGAGAAAGGACCUUUCUCGUGAGGAAGAAAAGUGUGUCCAAAAGAAAAACUGUUAAAACUGAUGGUAAUGAAAAUUUGCAUUUAGCAACAGCCUCAUCGCCUCAAUGCUCGCAAUCAAAUGAUGUGAAUGUGUGGAAACACCUGUUAACUUCGUUAAUUGUAAUUGAUUAUGACAAUUGAUUAUGCAGCAAAUCAUUUGAAUUCGAACGGAUUUUCGUCUCACUGAUUUUCCAAUUACUCUGUGUAUAUAUCGAGUUGAUGAUCCACAUAUUGUUCAAGAAUGUAGAAACAUUAAUUGAGAGAUGUAUUUUAUGGAAAGAUAAGUUAUGAGCGACGGAAGUUGGAUCUCUGAAUGGUGCAUUUACUUAAAUCUGUCUUUCCACGAGUUGCUCUGUUACUGAGGGUAAUUACAGUAACUAGGUUGGUUGCUGAACACCUACCUGAUAUUAACUUUUGUAGUUUUUGUGCUAUAUGUAUAACGUAACAAUAGUUUUUCUACAUAAUUAAAUUUACCAAUUCGACGGAGACUUCUGAAGAUUUCGUGUAUUGUUUUGAGUUUUUUAAUUUUAUUCUGCAGUAUUAAUUAAUUUUUUUGAGAAACUUUUGGGUAUUUACUUGACGUUCGAGUGAAUAAACCGAAAUUUUGAACGCAUUUGUCAGAAAUUUUUUAAGUGGAAAUAAAUGAUUUAGUCUAUUA